AUUGAAUCCUCAGACGCUCUCUUUUAAUUACAUUAUACCUUAUGUAAAACAAGUUCAAUUCAUUAUUUAUACAAAAUAAAGAAAUAUUAAAACAACGCACGGGCUGUAAUCCUCUAUCUAAUCAGGUUUUAAAUAUCUCAAAAGGUAGGAACAUCAUGCACAUCCUAAGAAUCUUGAUUAUAGUUCCUCAUGUUUCUAGCAUGUCUAAGUUUCUCAUAACUACCCUCGUUAUCAUCAUCAUCAUCUCGACCGUAAUGGCAAAAUCCUCUUUUUCUACUUCCAAAUCUUCUUCUCAAGAUAUCAAUUCUUCCUAUAAGGUGAAAUCCAAUAGAUUUCUACCAAAGUUGUACGGAGAUUACGGGUUUUGGAACCCUAGCCCGGUUUAUGGAGGAGGUUUUCCUUAUCCUGGACCAGUGCCUCAUGGAAGUCUAGGUUCGCAACAGAGACAUAAGAAGCUAAAAUAAACCUGGAAGUUAUGAUGGAUGAUCUUCAACUUUGCUACUUACGGGUGUGUUCCAUAAAUAAGGUAGUCUAAGGAAUGCAUACAUACGUCAUAUGAAUAAUGUAUUCAUUCGUGUUUUGUAGUAGAUAUAUACAAAGUAAUUAGUUAUGUACACAUUUUGUUCCACUCUCUAGAAAAUCUAUGUAUGUGUAAUUAUAUUCUUAA